CAUCCUAGUCAUCCCAGUCAUCCUAGUCAUCCUAGUCAUCCUUGUCACCCUAGUCAUCAUAGUCUUUCCAGUCAUCCCAGUCAUCCUAGUCAUCUAAGUAAUCCCAGCCAUCCUAAACCGAGUCAUCCCGGUCACCCUAGUCAUCGUAGUCAUCCCAGUCAUCCCAGUCAUCCUAGUCAUUCGAGUCACCCCAGUCAUCCUAGUCACCCCAGUCAUUCCAGGUAAUCCCAGUGAUUCCAGUUAUCCAAAUCAUCCCAGUCACCCAAGUCAUUCUAAUUAUCCCAGUCACCCCAUGCAGUCAUCUCAGUUAUUUCAUCACCCUAGUCAUCCCAGUCUCCCAAUUACCUCAGCCAUCUCCAGGCCUGUCACUAAUAUACUUUUCAAGUUGGUGGUUAUAUGAAGUUAGAAGGCAGUGAAUGGAAUGGCUAGGAAGUUCUUUUGGUUCUUUUUUCCUUUUGUUUCCUAUAUGAAAGUAGAUGGGGGUCACACUGGUAGUAGUCAGGGGAAAUCCCCAGCCCCUGGCCAUUUUUGACAGCCAUACAUCCCAGUUCCCUACUCCACCUUAAGCCAUCUCAGUUAUUUUAAUUAUUCGUUUCUUCACAAUCAUCCCAGUCACCCCUGCUGUUCAGUCUAUUCAUCCAAAUAACAUCACAGCCUAACUGACAGACAACCAAUAUCAUCGUGACUUAAUUGACCAAUCAGGUCAAUAACCAGAUUUUAAUUUUAUCAACUGACAUGACACAACUCACUUUGACUGUGAAGAUGACUGCCGCACAGUUUGUCAAAACAUUAAUCAUUGUCAACAACAGUCCUGUUCAGGAGUACAAUCACCUGGAUGAUCAUGUUCAACCUACAUUUUGUACUUAUUGAACGACUCCAGGUUUCAAACCUUUGACAGUUUAACAUCCCAGUAAUGCAAGGCAUCCUAGUUAUCCAAGCCACCCCUGUCACCCUAGUCAUCCUAGUCGUCAUGGUCACGCCAGUGAUCCCAGUCAACCCAGUAAUCCUAGUCAUUCCAGUUAUCAUAGUCAUCAUAGCCAUCCUAGUCAUCCUCUUCAUCCCAUUCAACACAGUUACCCUAAUUUUCCUAGUCAUCCUAGUUAUCCCAGUGAUGCUGGCCAUCCCAUUAAUAAGAGUUAUGCCAGUCAUCCAAAUCACCCCAGUCACCCCAGUCAUGCCUGUCACCCUAGUCAACCCAGUCCUCUUAUCUUAUCUCUUGUCAUCCCAGUGUUCCUGGUCAUCCUAGUCAUUCCACAAUCGGCGACAAAAUUGUUGAGACAUUGACUUAAACAGGGUAACUUCGGAGAACAAAAGAAUCCGCACCCCUCCCCUGUCCCCUCCAUUCAAAGUUGGGGUGUUUUCUAUAGGUAACUAGAACAAGGGCACAACAUUGCACGGAGGGGAUGGGGGAGGAAAGCUAUAUUUCCUCCUUUUGAAGUUAAUAAAACGUAAAAAAGCCCAGUUUUGGGCGAAGUGUCUCAACUCAUCUUGUCGGUGAUUGUCUGAAUCGAAAUCUACGCGCUGUUGUCUUAUUAGCACCGGUUAGGAGAUGGUAAUAUUAUUAGUUGAGAUUACUAUAUUCACUGGGUGGUUUUUCAGAAGAUAGAUAAGAUACCCAUAUAAUCCCUUUCCUGUGUUUUUCGAGGGAAAAUUAGUUUUGACAAUCUUUGUACUCGGUAGUGUUUUCAAGUAAUUACGCAGUAUACCCACGUACUGAAUGAUUGAUUUUCCUCUGGUAACUAAGUGUGAUCGGUAGGAAUCGAUGGCAGAUAAUAUAUUGUAUUUGAAUAUAUCCCUAUAUUUUUAGUAAGUUCGAAGUGUUUAUUCGAAGUUUGGCUAUUUGAAAGGGUGGGAUGGACGAUAAAAUAGCCGUGAUUGCUAUGCGCAGGAGAAUUUUGAGGAAAAAUGUUCCAACUUCUAACGCACAGCAAAGCUGCAUAGCAUCGCUAAAUCUGUGCAGCAGAUUUGUUGCCCAUAUACCCAUAAGGGUCUUUGAAGAAUGUACUUUACAGUAGAAACUAUGAGGUCAGGAGGAGACUGGCCACAAGUAACCACGAGUAACCAAGUUUGUUCUUAAAAGAUAAUCAGAUUAUUUUAUUUUUUACUCAUUGUGGUUACUCGUGGAAAUUCCUCCUAAAAAGCAAUUUUAGCCACUAUAACUACUUUAAUGCCUAGAUAUCUAUUAAGUUUUCUAUCCUUUUCACUUUGUUCUUUGUUUCGAUGCGUUUCGAUAAAGGAGAGAAUAAAAAUCGUGCGUGACUAGCCACAUCACACGAUGUCAAGGCACGGUUAAGCGUGACACGAAAUGUCACACACUGAAAAUAACAAAAUCGCCUAAAAUAAUUGUUCUAAAAUAGGUAUGAUGAAGUCGAACACAACAAAUAAAAAGCCACCAGGGGUCUUACAUCCCAGCAUAAAGAAAUGAAUUCAAUUAACUUUCGAAAGGACGUACGGCCACUUUUGAGAUUCAGACAAUUGGCGACAAAAUUGUUGAGACAUUGUACUUAAACAGGGUAACUUCGGAGAACAAAAGAAUCUGCACCCCUCCCCUGUCCCCUCCAUUCAAAGGUGGGGGUGUUUGUUGUUUUCUAUAGGUAGCUAGAACAAGGGCACAACAUUACACGGAGGGGAUGGUGGAGGAAAGCUAUAUUUCCUCCUUUUAAAGAUGAUAAAACGUAAAAAAGCUCAGUUUUGGGCGAAGUGUCUCAACUCAUUUUGUCGGUGAUUGCAGUCAGCCAAACCUUCCCAGCCAUCACAGUCAACCUAUUCACUCUUGUCACCCUAGUCACCUCUGUCACCCCGGUCACCUCAGUCAUCUUAACCCUCCCAGUCACCCUAGUCAUCUUAGUCAUCCCAGUAACGCUGAUCAUUCCAGUUAUCUUAGUCAUUCUAGUCACCCUAGUUACCUUAGUCAUCCUUGUCAUUGCCGUCAGGCUUGUAGCCUUAUUUAGAAAUGCACAUGCCAGUCACCCCAGUGACCCCAGUCAUGCCUGUCACCCC